UUUUUUAAAGAAAGGAGUUUUUAGGAGGGAUGAAUAGAAGGGAUAGAUGGAAUUUAUUACGGAAUCAGUAGUUAAGUCGAGGCUUAGAUUUACGCCGAGAGUUAGUAAAGAAGUAAAAUAUGGAGAAGAGAGGGGGGUAGAGGGGGAAAAAGUGGUAGAAAAAGGAAUGGAAGAUAAGGGAAUAAGAGAGGAAAGGGUGAUAUAUAAGGAGAAAGAAAAAGAAUUGAUGGAAAAAAAGGGAAAUAAUGGGAUAAAAAGUAAAGAAAUGAAUGGGGAGGAAUUAGAGGAAUCGAAAGAUGUUUUUUCCGGAGGAAAAACGGAAGAUUUAGGGAAUCUAGAGGAUAUUAAGAGGAAGGUUAAAAGUGAAGGAAUGGAAGAAGAAAAAAUACAAGAAAAAGAGGAGAAAAGUGUAAUAUGUAAUGUAAAUUUAAGAGUAGAAAAGGAAUAUGUGGGUAAAAGUGCAGGAUAUAAUAAGGUUUUGGAGGGUAAAGAAGGAGAGGAGGAUAAUAAAGGAAUGAUAUAUGAAGUAAAUGAUGAUGUAGAACAAAGUGUCAAAGAGACGAGAAAAAAUAAGAAAAAAAGAGCGGUAUCACCGAUUAAUAGUGAAGAGAUUACUAUAGAACCGGAUCGAAUUAAGAUUUCGGAUUUAUGUAAGGAUAUACGAAUAGGAAGAAAAAGUGUAAAAUUUAAUGAGAUACGUAAAAUGGAAGCAGUAAAGAAGAAGAUGAAAACAAAUAAUGGAGAAUUAUCAGGAAAGAAGAUAUUAGUGAAUGGAAAGGUAAUAAGUGAAAGAGAGAAUGGAUCGAUUGAUAAGAAUAUACAAAAAACAAAUAUGGAUACUGAUAAUAUGGGAAUGUCAAUAAUAAGGAAUGGAAAUAUGGAAGUAUCUAAAAAUCAUUUAAAAGGGGCACCGCAAGUUCGUGUAGUUAAUGGAAAGAUUGUUAUAGAUGAAACAUCAUUACAGGUUGAUAGACGUGAAAGAGAUGUUAAUCCAGAUGCAGAAAUGGAGCUGGUUGAAGAAAAUGAUUUAUCAAGAAAAGUUAAUAGUGCUAGUUGGGGUAAAAGAGAGAAAUCUGAUCGAUGGUCGUUAGAAGAAACUCAACGAUUUUAUAAUGCGUUAUCACAGUGGGGGACGGAUUUUGGGGUUAUAUGUAAAAUGUUUCCAAAUAGAAGUCAGCGACAAAUAAAAAAUAAAUUUAAUUCAGAAGAAAAAAAAUACCCAGAAAGGAUUAAUACUGCUCUUAAAUUACGGGAGCCUAUUGAUAUUGUUGCAUAUUCGAAAGCUAUUGGUUCUACAUUUAGAUCUAUUGAUGAAAUUCAAGAUGAAUUAAAAAAAGUAAAAGAGGAUUUUGAAGAAUCAAGGAGGAUUUCAAUGGAAAAUUCUCGAAUUUUGAUUAAUAAGAAUGUAUAAAUUAAAUGUUUAUUGGGUUUUAAUAUUAAAUAUCUUUCAAUUUAGU